AAUUUGAUCUCAGUUCAUGGAAGGAACUGGAAAGUGGGGAGCUUUGGUCGAGGCGGAAAAGUGUCCAUCGCGUACUUGCUGGUGACCGAGCACCUCAUUUUAAGACGAGCUCCCACUGGGCCCAAUCAGAAUGGCCCGAGACCAACAAACAUCCAAUGAACGCCCGCUCUCCAGUUUAGAAGGCGGGACUUCCUAGUGGGUGUGUGGGUGACGAGGAAAAGGAGGUCAAAUGCGCUGCUAGAGUUUUAAAAACGUGAGGCAGUCUCCAGGAGAGAUACACAGGUAGACUAUUGUGUUGGAGUUACAGUAGACGAUAUAGUUUACCGUGCCGCUAUCAUAGCUUGGAUUAAGAAGUAAGGGCGGUCGUGUAGGGUGCGGUUGGUCCGUCUCGCACUGACAGACAGAUAACGUUAGCUAAUGCUAACGGUAGCGUUACAAGUCGCGUGCUCGUAUGCACUAUACGACUCAGUAGUUGACCUUACAACCAUAAUAUAGUAAUGCCUGUCUAGCCAGACGUCUGUCAAAUCAACUGUAUACAAAGUAAUGCAUGGUGCACGUCCACGGAUCAAUAGCUUUCGCUGCGAAGUUUGUUAGCUAAAUAUAAGCGACUGCACUUUGCUGACGUUUAUUUUGCCUUUGGGAUCUUGUGUCACGGUCACCGCUGUCAUGUUUCACUCUGUGCCCCGUCGUCCGAUCUGCGAGAUCGGUGUGAACGCUAUGAGGCUACGAAGCAGCAGGUCGUUGAAGCGGACCGUCGAGGAGGGCAGAGAACAAAUCGAGAGGGUCCCGUUGCUGGGCAGGGGCAUGGGCCUGCUGUUGUCCUGGCUCCAGAAGGCAGGUGCCAGUGAGGCCGCAGGGUCUGGUCGAAAGAGGAAGGGUUUGCUCUCCAUAUUUGUGGACCACUGCAGCUUCGUAACCGGACAGAGGCUCCGGCGUGCUUGCCAGAUCGGCGAGCUUUACUCCAACCUGUACUCCGAGCGGACCAGGUGGACCCUGGUCGGUAACAUAUGGCGAAGAUUUCAGAGCAAGCACGCGCCGAAUGGGAAACUUGUCGCGGCCCUGGCUGGUAUCUUCAUGUGGGAGAAUGACAAGAUUCAAGAUGAAGAGAUUCAAAGGUGUGGACUUGAGCUACAGGCACUGGAGGCUGUAAAAUGUCCAAAUACAACUACAGAAACAAAGGCAGGACAUCUUGAACCUGGUUGGGAAGUUGUGGUGGAGAAAAAAGGCUUCAAAGUGUGGAAGCGACCGAUACCCGACAGUCACCUCUAUGAAUACAGAGUGUUGGGCUCCUACAACGAUGUCACCCCAAGGCAGUUCUUCAAUGUACAGUUGGAUACGGAGUACAGAAAGAAGUGGGAUGCACUGGUUAUCGAGCUUGAGGUUGUGGACAGAGAUGUCUGUACAGGCUCUGAAGUUGUGCACUGGGCUACACACUUUCCUUAUCCCAUGUACUCGAGGGACUAUGUGUAUGUGCGGCGCUAUGAUGUUGAUGUAGACAACAACCUGAUGGUCCUGGUAUCCAGAGCUGUGCAGCAUCCCAGAGUCCCAGAGACUCAGGCAUUUGUGAGAGUCCAUUCAUACCAGUCAAAGAUGGUCAUCCGCCCUCACAAGACCUUUGAUGAGAAUGGAUUUGAUUACCUGCUGACCUACAGUGACGAUCCUCAGACUGUCUUUCCGCGUUACUGUGUGAACUGGAUGGUGUCAAGUGGUAUGCCUGACUUUCUGGACAAGCUCCAUACUGCUGCCUUGAGGGCCAAGAACUUGGAAGUGGGGAUCUACGACUACGUAGGUGUCAUCAAAUCUAGCGACACCAACCGCCAGCCGAGCCAGGAGCGCCUCAGUGGAGAAAAGCCACGCACAGCCGGUCCGGGACAGAUCUACGCUUGAGAUAGACAUUUUAUAAACCAGGGGUUAUGUUGGUGUAUUUUUCACAUGCACAUGGACCUCAAUCAAACCCUCCAGCCUCAAUUAUUUUGGGGUAGAUUGCAUGAGCUGCAAAUGGAAGUUGCAACUUACAUUAAUGACAAAUAUAUACAGUAUGUCCAUCCGUAGACAUGUUAUAUUGGUUGUAGAUGAGAUGUCACAAGACCAAUGGACUGUCUCGGGAAAAUGUUGCCAUACACUUUUCCAUCCAGACUGCUGGCACUAUUUUUGCUCAGCCAGGCAAUGCGACGUAGCAUUUUUUUGCCUUGUUUUGGUAAUAAUGUACGUCUUGGUAAGAUCGAGCCAAAAUUCCUAAUUGUAGAGAUGCUUUUGCCAAAACACUGUUUCUCUCGUUUUAUCUUUCUGUGUCUUGUCUACGGUGAGAUUACAGUGAACUGUUGUCCAGUAUCGGACAUAGGAUGGUAACCAACUGGCUUCUGGUGGACAUUAUCACUAUUUAAUAUACAGCCAACAUCUCUACACUGACCGAUGAAGAGAUGAGGCCUCGGCGUGGAACGCUUUCUGCUAUGUUUCUUCAGUUCAUGGAUUUAAAGCAACUGGUUUCCUUUUGAUUGCAGCAUAAAUUAUUGAUUUUCAUAUGACAGAAUGAGGUGGAUUAAAAACAACUAAUGAUGCCAUUCUUGGGAAAUGUGUACAGAAUUCUAAAUUGAUUUGCUGUCGGCACAGUGGAGGUUUCAUGCUAUUCAGCUCACUGCGGCUGUUCAAGCCUUCUGAAGAUAAACCAGUCCUUUAACAUUCGGGGCAAAGUGUCUUAUAACAACCACAUAAAUCCUCAAACAGUGUUACUGAUGCACUUCAGUUUAGUUCGACUAACAAGGCAACCCUACCCUUUGUAUUUCAGUUAAAAAGUUACAAAUAUGAAUUUAUCCCAUUUUAGCUCAGAAUUUCUUUGUUAUUCUGGUGUCAUCUGCAGACAUCACAUACAUUUGUACUGUGUGAGUUAUGGUUUUCUUUUAUAUUGUAGGUCUUGUACAUUCAUAAAACUAUCGCCUGCAUAUUGGAAAUCCCUGUUCACAACAAGCUUAGACACAUUUAUCCUGCAUUGUGAUUCUUCAGUUUUUGUUAUUAAUGUGGGUCGUACUGAAACUCUACAAUUCACCUAUCCAAAUAAUGCUUGUUGCUUUUGUAAUUCAUUUUGCAGGAGGUGUUAUGAAUGUACAGAGAGCUUUCCAUUCUGUGGAAUAAAAUAUCGCCUAAUACAGUACUCUGUUUACAGCCUAACCAUCUGGCACAAAUAUCAUAGAAUUAAUUUGUAUUUAAAACACAUCUCAUCUUGUACUAAAUUGUGAUGGUGGUACUUCAGAGUAAAUCAGCUGCAGUCCAGCGGGAUCCACCUUUCUGAAGGUCUAACGUAUGAAUAUUGAAUAUUAUUAUAGCCCCACUGUAAAAAAUGUAUAAUUCUACUAUGUAGUUCAAAAUAACUGGCAGAGUAAAUGUUUGUGUGUUUGUGGUUUUUUUUGUUGUAUUUACCGCCUGGUUAAACAAAAGAUCAUAUUAACCCAAUUAAACAUAAUGCAAUGUUUGUGAAUGUAUUCUAAAUGUAAAUGCUGCGUCUUUGCCACAGUAGUUUAAAAGACUUGUCACGUACUGUUUUUGUUUUUCUUCCCGCAGGCAGUAAAACAUUUGUGAUUUGCUGCAUCGUGAGAAUGACUUCAAGAACAGGAACCAAUAGUGUGUGGACAUUAUCUGGUGCACUUGUUACCCUUUGAUUUCAAGACUGAGUGAAAUGGAGGAGCAUCUAAUCAGAUCAAAUAAACGUAAAUACAUUUGUU